AUGUUCUGGUGUAAAACAUUCAUGAAAAAGAGAGGCCUCGCUCGAGUUGUCCGCCCCAUGCCCGGUGUCUUCUUGGAUUUUGGAAAGCCGAAACAGAAAUCAUGUCAUACGUACCUCAUUUGCCUUCCUGCGCGCCGGCUGGAUGAAUUCAUAUUAAUUACCACACUACCACCCAGCUUCUCUGAGAUCGCGAAGAAAACAUCCCUUCGAAAGCCCCUGGAUCCAUUAACUCCCGCCUCGCAAUACGGACUUAUCCCCUCCAUCCACAGUGUUCCCAGACGCAAAGGGAUCUCUGGACUCGAUGGGGCAUAUCAUCCUUGUGUAGCCAAACCACAUCUUCACCAACGAUCUGCCUCGCUCCCAGUUACUCGAUGCAGUGUAGAGCUGGGGAGUAUGGAAAAGGAGAGAGCUCAGUUCCAUGUUUCUGGCCCUGGCGGUUCAAGGUACUUGCGCACUUGCUACCUUUCAAAUGGUAGAGAAGAGAUAGAGAACGGAAGAACAAAACCCGAGCAAGUGUCGACUACAUCAAAACAUGAUGUAGAAUAUGGUAUUGAUAUCGUACCGUCAGCCCCAUCUGACCCAACUAUCUAAUGCCCGUCCCAUAACAAUCAAAGGCCAUAACAAGCCCAGCAACAAGCCAGAGUUCCCAGCUCUAAACCCAUCCGCCCAAUAAAUCGUCUAUAGCGAUAGUAAUAGCACCCGAGGGUCGCUCUAUAUGCAACAAGGCCACCAAUUCGCUUUGCGUUCCAGAUCGCAAUUCUCAAAUCAAGUUAAACAAUA